AUGGCUAUUCCCAGUAUCUUCUUCUUCGCCCUUUUCUUGCUUCAACAUCAUCUGGCUUUUGGACGCGUUGAUUUGAACGCAAAUUUCUCCACCAACGAUCAAAAUGCUUCAUGGCUCUCCUCUUCUCAGGAAUUCGCUUUUGGAUUUCGCCCAAUCAACAACACAAAUCUCUUUUUGCUUGCCAUCUGGUUUGACAAAAUACCUGACAAAACCAUUGUCUGGAAUGCAGACAUGUCAAAUCCAGCAGUACCAUCAGGAUCGCGUGUUCAGCUCACACAAAGUGGUCUUAAUCUCACUAACCCCCAAGGUCAAUCUCUGUGGACAACUGAACUGCAACAAGAUGUGUUCUAUGCAGAAAUGCGUGACGAUGGAAAUUUUGUGCUGGCAUCCUCAAAUUCUUCUUAUUUGUGGCAAAGUUUCAACAAUCCUACGGACACACUCUUACCCUCACAAACUUUGGAUAUGAACAGUAAGUUAUUUUCUCGAUUGUCACCAACCAAUUACACUAAGGGAAGGUUCGAGCUUUAUUUUGAUAAUGGCAAUCUCUCCUUAGCUCAGAUUGGGUGGCCAUCGGAAUCUCUUUACACCAAGUAUUUUGAUAUCAGCACGAGUUCCAAUCAAUCUGCUUCACAACUACGCUUCAAUUCAUCAGUAAUCGGAGGUCAAAGAGCCAUUGGAUUGAGUAGUUCAGAUCUUGAUGUUAGCAGAUAUUAUUACAGGGCUACGCUUGAUUACUAUGGAGUUUUUUCAUUGUAUUCCCAUCCGAGGGGGUCAAAUGACGAUCAGAUUUGGUCAAAUGUGGGGUAUGUUCCUGACAACAUUUGUAAUGCAAUAUAUAGUGAUAUGGGUAGUGGUUCGUGCGGCUACAACAGCUACUGCUCUUGGGAUAACAGCACCAAGAGGCCAACUUGUAUGUGUCCAGAAGGAUAUUCAUGGGUAGAUUCAAACGACAAAUUUGGAGGAUGCCAACCUGCUUUCUCCUUUGGCUGUGGAGCUGAUGAUGCGCGAUCACGAGAAAAUCCAGAAAAGGUAUAUGAGAUGAAGCCUCUGCCAAAUGUGAAUUUUCCUCUUGGAGAUUAUGAAAGGUUGAACAAUUAUACUCGGGAUGAAUGUGAAAAAUCUUGCUUGUAUGAUUGUAAUUGUGCCGUUGUUAUCUCUAACGCUGCAAAGGAUUGUUGGAAGAAAAGAUUGCCCCUUUCUAACGGAAGAAUAGAUCUGAUGGAGGGUUUAACAACAACACUCUUGAAAAUAAGAGUUCAGCCUUUGAAAAAGAAAGAUCGGGUCCAACCUGCUCUAUUAGGGUCGCUAAUUGGCUCCCUUGUUAUUAUUGCUCUGUUGGCAGCCACAGUUGUAUCCAUUAUUCUGUUAAAGCCCUAUAAGGUUGCACGUCGAGUUUCAAGUUUUGUUGAAACAAAUAUGCACUCUUUCACAUAUCAAGCACUGAAGGAGGCAACACAUGGGUUCAGUGAAGAUUUAGGAAGGGGUUCAUUUGGCAUUGUGUACAAAGGCACCCUCAACUCAAUAACGAAAACUACUGUUGUUGCGGUGAAGAGAUUGGAUAGAAUAGCUCCGGAACGUGAGAGGGAGUUUAGGAAUGAGUUGAAUGCCAUUGGAAGAACAUGCCACAGAAAUUUGGUCAAGCUGAUCGGGUUCUGUGAUGAAGGAGUUCAUAGACUUUUGGUAUACGAGUUUAUGAGCAACGGUGCACUUGCAGACAUCCUUUUCCGGCAACCCAAACCUGUAUGGAAUUUGAGGGUUAGAUUUGCUUUAGGAAUUGCAAGAGGGCUGCUUUACUUACACGAAGAGUGUGAGACCCCCACCAUUCACUGUGAUAUAAAACCCCAAAAUAUUCUCAUAGAUGAGCAUUUCAUGCCAAAAAUCUCAGAUUUCGGGUUGGCCAAGUUGUUGUAUUCUAAUAAGAGCAGAACCCACACAAUGAUAAGAGGAACCAGAGGAUAUGUAGCACCAGAAUGGUUCAAGAGUGUUCCAGUGACGGCUAAGGUGGAUGUUUAUAGCUAUGGCGUGAUGCUGCUAGAGAUAAUUUGUUGCAGAAGAAGCUUGGAGAUGGAUCGGGAUGAAAUGGAGGAAGGCCAGGCAAUACUAAUAGAUUGGGUUUACGAUUGCUAUAUGGAGGGAAGAAUUGACGUCCUGGUAGAGAAUGAUAAGGAGGCCAUUGCGGACAUGGGGAGAUUAAAGAAAUGGGUGAUGAUAGCAAUAUGGUGCAUUCAGGAGAAUCCAGAAACAAGGCCUAGCAUGAAGAAUGUGAUGCAAAUGUUGGAAGGCCUUAUCGAGGUUCCAAGUCCUCCGUUUCCUUCGUCCUUCUCCUCGAAAGUUCACGGGUCGCAGCCAUGGACAUAG